CGCCUCGCUCAGCCCCAUCCGAUCAAAACACAGACGAAAAGGCAACACAAAAACACCAAAGGCGGUCCCCGGAAUCGGAAUGGGGGUCCCAGCUUUGUCCGUGCGUGCCUCAGCCCUCCUCGACCCUUGGUUCCUCCACACACACGCCACGCCCAGCACAAGGAUCUCCGGCGCCGACUGCGGCGACCUCCUCCUCCGAUCCAUAGCACCAGUAGCAGGCAGAGAUGGCAGACAACAUGGUGACGCUCGUCCGCCUCGUCCUCGCCAUCAUCCUCCCGCCGCUCGGCGUCUUCCUCAAGCACGGCCUCAAGAUAGAGUUCUGGAUCUGCCUCCUCCUGUGCUUCUUCGGCUACCUGCCGGGCGUCAUCUACGCCGUCUGGGUGAUCAUCAGGAAGGAAGACGACUAGGACUGAUGCGAUUGAUCAGCGACACAUGAGCGGACCACGCACCACGCCAAGGCAUUGACGUCAUUCCGGCUUGCAUUGGAAACAACAUUUCACUUUCCUCUUCUUUUUUUUUCUUUUUUGUAAUUGUAAGUGUAAGUAUAGGGAGGAGAUGUGUGUGGUGAGGGUGACUAUCAAAGGAGUCGUCCGCCGCAGUUUCAGAUAGGAAUUGUGUGUUUGAGGAUGCAUGCAUUGCAGUCGGGAAGAAUAUACACAGAUUAAUUAUUACAGACCUGAUUCCGUAAGUUAAUGAAAGCCCGAAUGAACAAGCA